CUUUUCUAUGGAAGCUGAGCAGUUCUGGAGGGUGGCAUCCAGAGCUACAGCUAUCCCCGUAGCUGGAACAUGGAAGACCCUGCAGUAGACAAAUUCCAAAAGGAAGGCCUUGCAUCACAAGAAGGACAUAAAGCUUCAGCUGGAAAGACCUACAACAGUAUGCCCUUCCAGAAUAUGGCUGAUGAACAUGGGGAAGUGUUGAUCAGAGGAAAUGAUGGGGGGGCACAACCAGUGCUGGAGGAAAGUUAUAUGUGCCAAGAUGUGGAAGACCAUCUUGGGAAUUCAGGGGGAAUGAAGGAGAAAGGAAACCUAAUCAGUGAAAGGAAUGAAUCUUUUGCUAAUUUGGACAUUGGUUUCCAUGAAAUUUCGGUCCAUCAAAACAUUCCAAGAGAAGGAAAAAGGCAUGAGGCUUCUACAUAUGUAGAAAGUUGGGAUGAGACAUCAGAUAUGAAAAUGUGUUGGAAAGUUCACACAGGAGAGAAACCAUUUAAAUGUGUUGAGUGUGGGAAGAGUUUUAGUAGGAGCUCAGAACUUAUUAGGCAUAAAAGAGUUCACACUGGAGAGAAACCAUAUGAGUGUCCAGAGUGUGGGAAGAGCUUCAGUCAAAGUAGAAACCUUACUUCCCACCAAAGGAGCCACACAGGAGAGAAACCUUACAAAUGCUUGGAGUGUGGAAAGUGUUUCAGUAACAGUGGCAUUCUUACUUCCCAUCAGAGAAGCCACACUGGAGAGAAACCCUAUAAAUGCUUAGAGUGUGGGAAGUGCUUCAGUCAAAGCGGCAUUCUUACUGCGCACCAAGCAAUGCACACUGGGCAAAAACCAUUUCCAUGCCUGGAAUGUGGUAAGAGGUUUCGCCAGCUCAUACACCUUACCUCUCAUGAGAGAAUUCACACAGGAGAAAAACCAUUUCAGUGCCUGGAGUGUGGGAAGAGUUUCCGUCAGCAUAUACAUCUUACUUCUCACAAAAGAACCCACACAGGAGAGAAACCAUUUCAGUGCCAAGAGUGUGGGAAGAGCUUCAGCCAGAGUUCACACCUGAUUCGGCAUGAAAGAACCCACACGGGAGAGAAACCAUUUAAAUGCCUCCUGUGUGAAAAGAGCUUUGGUCAUAGCUCUGAACUUGUUCGGCACGAAAGAACCCACACAGGGGAGAAGCCAUUUAAAUGUCCGGAGUGUGAGAAGAGCUUCAGUCGCAGCUCUGAACUUAUUCGACAUAAAAGAAUCCACACAGGGGAGAAGCCCUAUAAAUGCUUGGAGUGCAACAAGAGCUUCAUCGAUAGCACAAACCUUAUUAGGCAUCAGAUAAGCCACACAGGGGAGAAACCAUACAAGUGCCAGGAAUGUGGGAAAUGCUUCAGUCAGAGCAGAAGCCUUACUGCACAUCAGCGGAUUCACACAGGUGAGAAGCCCUUUAAAUGCCAGGAGUGUGGGAAAUGCUUUAGUCAGAGUGGAAUCCUUACGGCGCAUCAAGGGAUGCAUACAGGACAGAAACCCUUCAAAUGCCUGGAGUGCGGAAAGAGGUUUCGUCAGCACAUCCACCUGACAUCCCACCGAAGAAUCCAUACAGGUGAGAAGCCAUUUAAAUGCCUGGAGUGCGGAAGGAGCUUUCGUCAGCACAUACACCUUACCUCUCACAAAAGGAUCCACACUGGGGAGAAACCUUUCAAAUGUCAGGAGUGUGGCAAGAGUUUUAGUCACAACUCCAUUCUUAUUUCUCACGUGAGAACCCACACCGGCGACAAGCCCUUUAAAUGUUUGGAGUGUGGAAAAAGCUUUACUUGGAGCACCCUCCUGAUCAGGCAUGAACGAACUCACACAGGGGAGAAACCUUUUAAAUGCCAAGAGUGUGGCAAGGGCUUUAGUGAGAGCUCACUUCUUAAUAAGCACCAGAGGCGUCAUGCUGGGGAAAAACCAUUCAAAUGUUUGGAGUGUGGAAAGAACUUUUUUUCCAGUACGCUCCUUAUUCGACAUCAGAGGAUUCACACAGGAGAGAAACCGCUGAAUGUUUGGAAUGUGGAAAAUGCUUCAAUUGAACCUCGGAAAUUGUUUGAGAUAAAAGAAUUUGAAGAGGAGAAAAUUCUUAGUCGUGAUCAGAAUGCGGCAAAAGUUGUCAUGCCAUAAGUCUAGCAAUUAUUUACCAAAAUUUAACAGAGCAAGGAACCAUAACUAUUCUUUUAAUGGAAAAAAGUGUUUCUGUCUUAGCACUGUAUCAUUUCUCAUCAGGAAAUUCACAAGAGGCAAUAUGGAGCAGAAGUACACAAAGUAGGGCAGGAUAGGAAUAUAUUUCUAGGAAACUUUUGCCUAAACCAUCAUAAAUCUGUCAUCUUGUCUAGGUGCUCUUGACUUCCUUGAAGAGUUAGAGUAAAUUGAAGAGACUUACUAAUUUAAUUCUUAUGAUUAAAGUAUAUUUCUUAAUCACUUCAACUAAGACUCUCUAGGUAUUCACAAAGUGAACAUAUGUGAUACAACACUUUUCUGCACUGCUUCUCCUUAUACAGAAGUCACUCCUUUGGCAUUUCUGUUCUUUUUCAUGUUUUUUAAAUUAAUUUGGAAAAGUAUUGGGCUAGGGCCUGAUUGCUAUUCAUGUCCUAAAGUUUAGUACAGUGGAAAAGACUUAUUCAUCUGUUGGAGCAAAAACGAGAAGAGCAUUGUUGAAAGGACCACUACAUUUAAUGGUCCUGAACUUUUUCUACAUAAGAGAUGACUUAUAUUGCAUGUUUAAAUGUUGUGUAUGCUGCUCAUAAGCUAAGUCCCAGACAGGUAAGGCUCAAACUUUUUUUUUUUUUUGCACCAAUGGAGAAAUCAUGAAUGACAAAGAAUGCAAAGAAGGGAAACUAUUGUCAUGGGUGCACCAGUGAGAAACUUAGAUACAGCCAUUCUGAUCUCUUUCCAAGAAGAAGAGGAAAGGUGUGGCUCCAUCCAUCUGAUGUUAGGUGCCAUUUUGUGACUGAAUUACAUAACAACACCAGGCAUCCUUAACAUUGCUCAUGUUACAUUAACAUCCAGAACUCUUUGAACCAAUGUUGGGAAAUGUGGCCCUGUCGACUGUUAUGCUUUUCAUUGUGGCCAGAUAGGAAAUUGCAGCUCAAAAGGGGCAUUUUGGAGGGACAGCCGUGCCUCUUCUGUCCUUCAGUUUUCCUCAGUGUGAUUUGCCUUAGCAAGGAGGCAGACACUUAUUGGAACAUCGGCUUCCUGAUUGGCUUCCUGCGCACCCAGGCUUUUUCCCAUUGGCUGCCCCAGUGUCAUUCUGAACCAAAACUGAAAGGGCCUGGAAUUGGCAGGUGCCUCCCUUAAACUCCUGCCAUUUCCUUCAAAUCUAAUCCCUACAAGGGAGAACCUUAUCAAACCUUGAACACGAAUAUCUAUUGUCAGCUUCUCUGUGUUUUAUCUAUUGCAAAGGAACAAUUUGUUAAGAUGUGAGCGUGGAUGGGAUAUUUUACCCCAAGAGGAGGGGCAUCCUUAAAAUGGGCUUAAUCAGUAAUUUAAAUUUGCUAUUUAAGUAGCUACACAUCCAUUAGAAAAAAAUAUUUUCCUUAUGCAAGUAUAUUUUGGGGUGGAAUGCUGUCUUAGUGAUUUUUUUCAUCUGCCAAAUGGGUGAAGAUUCCAGAUGUCUACCCAAUUUUUUCAAGGACAUCCUCAAAGAGGGUAAAACAUGUCAAAAUGGUGGCUGCAAUUUAAGCCCCACCCCUUUUAAACAUACAUUGUGCAUGUGAUACAUAUAAAAAGGGUGGGGCUUUCUUUGCACCACUGUGGCCACCAUCUUGGCUUUUUUUACCUCUCCUGUGGGCAUCCCUGCCCAGGAGAUACAUUGCUCACACUAUUUAACUGGUUUUCUGUUAGCUGGCUAAAACUUUUCUGCUUCAACAAGCAAUUAUUUCCCCAGGCAGGAUUCUUUGUUGUUGUUGUUGUUCUUUUUUGUGUGUUUGUUUUUAAUGUUAAUCCUUCAUUUCAGAAUAUUUUUAUCUGUUUCUGUUUUUAUUGUUCAAUGGGAUUUUGUUAAUA